UGGUGAGUCCCUCAGCUCCCUGUGGCAGCAGGCGCUGCCCUGGGCAGCAUGUGCAGUACUUCCCAAGCCUGUCAGGCUGUGCCACGUUCACUUACAUGUGGCUUUAUAAAGAGGAGGUGCAGAAGCUUUCCCUGCUCCCUCCUGGGGUUUGGUCCAGUCUUUUCCCCCAGAUCAGCCUUUGCUAUGGCUGGCCUGAAUGUCUCCAUUGCUUUCUUUUUCCUGGUGGUUGGGGUGUGCCAGGUGCUCAGGCAGCUUUCCAAGAGGCUUCUGUCUCCUGGAGCAUAUGGCUGCCUUGCCAGAGAACUUGCUGGCUCGUUACAGCUGUGCAUGAGCUUCCUUGAGCUGAGGAUGCUGGUGGAGAUCGGCCCAUGGGGUGGUGGCUUUGGUCCAGACGUGGUCCUUACACUGCUCUUCCUCCUCUUUGCUGUUCAUGGCGCCUCUUUUGAUGGAGCAUCUGCCAACCCGACCGUCUCUCUUCAGGAGUUCCUUCUCCUCGAGUCCAGCCUAGCAGCAACUGCUACCAAGAUGCUGGCCCAGGGUGCAGGCAUGGGCAUGGGCUUGGCUGUCACCAAGCUCUACUGGUCCUGGGAGCUGACGCAAUUCCACCUCAUCCAGAACCUGAUAGCACCAGAGUGCAGCUCCUCCAUCCGCACCGCUCUGCACCACGCUGCCUUUGUGGAAGGCAGCUGCUCUUUCCUUUUCCACCUUGUCCUUCUCAAGCUGCGACAGAAUCACCCAGUGUACCAGGUCCCUGCACUGGCAGCGACUGUCACCUUCCUGAGCUACACAGCUGGACCAUACACAGGGGCCUUCUUCAACCCUGCCCUGGCCACCGCCGCCACUUUUCACUGCUCUGGGAGCAGCUUUUGGGACUACAUCCAGGUGUACUGGCUGGGGCCCCUCACAGGGAUGCUCACUGCCCUCCUGCUAUUCCAAGGAAACAUCCCACGACUCUUCCAGAAAAACCUCCUUUACAGACAGAAGAGCAAAUACAAGAUACCCAAGGCAAAGGUGGUGGCGCACGUGGAGAGUGAUGAACUGCAGAGGAAGAGGAAAGGGGAAAAGAACAACUCCAAGCCCUGUGCCUGAGCCACGCGUGGGGGCCCAAGAGGUCCCUGCAGCCCCUCUCCUGGGAGCGGGUUUCUCCUCCUGUCCAUCAUCCAUCCUCCCGAUCAUUCCCUACCUCAGGGUGAGAUACUCUGAAAGCAUCACAAAGGAAUCAGCCAAGCUGGGCUUGCAGGACAUCAGAAUCCCUGAGCUCCUUUGGGAAUAACUUGAAAGUCUCCCCGGAGAGCCCAGAAUGUUUCAAGCCUGCAUGACUAGCUUGGUGGGG